CAGGUGUGUGUUCCGAGGCGCCUGUGCAUGAGGAGAAGUUUGUUCUAUGGCCUCAGAGCUGGGUGCCAGGGAGGAUGGCAGCUGCUCAGAGCUGGCAAAACCUCUUUAUCUGCAAUAUUUGGAGAAAGCUCUGCAACUGGAUCAGUUUUUACGACAGACGUCUGCCAUCUUUAACAGGAGUAUAUCCAGCGAUGAAAGUGAAGAUGGAUUGGAUGACAAUCCUUUGCUGCCUCAGUCUGGGGAUCCCCUGAUGCAAGUUAAGGAAGAGCCUCCAAACUCUUUGCUUGGGGAGUCUUCUGGAGCAGGGAAUUCUGGGAUGCUGAACACACAUUCUCUGAAUGGAGUACUGCAGCCAGAACCGAAGUCUGAAAAAGGGAGCUUGUAUAACUUUUCCAAACUGAAGAAAAGCAGAAAGUGGCUGAAGAGUAUCCUCCUGAGUGAUGACUCCAGUGACACAGACUCACCAAGUGAUGAGGAUGGAGAGGAGGAAGAAUUUUCUCUUUCAAGGGAGGAACUUCACAAUAUGCUGCGAUUACACAAAUAUAAGAAACUGCAUCAAAGUAAAUAUAGCAAAGACAAAGAGUUGCAGCAAUAUCAGUACUACAGUGCGGGACUGCUGUCUACACAUGAUCCUUACUAUGAGCAGCAGCGCCACCUGCUAGGGCCCAAGAAAAAGAAGUUUAAAGAAGAGAAGAAAUUAAAAGGCAAGUUGAAAAAAGUAAAGAAAAAGAGGAGACGGGAUGAAGAACUCUCUUCAGAGGAGUCACCACGACGCCACCAUCACCAGACCAAAGUUUUUGCCAAGUUUUCUCAUGAUACACCACCACCUGGGUCCAAGAAAAAGCAUUUGACUAUUGAGCAACUUAAUGCACGUCGACGGAAAGUUUGGCUUAGCAUUGUUAAAAAGGAGUUGCCAAAGGCGUACAAACAAAAAGCCUCAGCCCGCAACCUUUUCCUGACCAACAGCAAAAAGCUUGCCCAUCAGUGCAUGAGGGAGGUACGUCGAGCUGCUAUCCAGGCCCAGAAAAAUUGUAAGGAAACUCUACCGCGGGCGCGUCGUCUUACCAAGGAGAUGCUUCUCUAUUGGAAAAAGUACGAAAAGGUGGAAAAAGAACAUCGCAAACGAGCUGAGAAAGAGGCUCUGGAGCAACGCAAGCUGGAUGAGGAGAUGAGAGAGGCUAAGAGACAGCAGCGAAAACUUAACUUCCUGAUCACACAAACUGAAUUAUAUGCCCAUUUUAUGAGUCGCAAACGAGAUAUUGGACAUGAUGGAAUACAAGAGGAAAUCCUACGCAAACUGGAAGAUAGCUCUACCCAAAGGCAGAUUGAUAUUGGUGGAGGAGUAGUGGUCAACAUCACCCAAGACGACUAUGAUAGUAACUAUUACAAGGCACAAGCUCUGAAGAACGCUGAGGAUGCUUACCAGAUUCAUCAGGCUCGGACCAGAUCAUUUGAUGAAGAUGCAAAGGAGAGCCGGGCAGCUGCUUUACGGGCUGCUAACAAGUCCGGUACUGGCUUUGGAGAGAGCUACAGUUUAGCAAACCCAUCUAUCCGAGCAGGAGAAGAUAUUCCACAGCCUACCAUAUUCAAUGGAAAACUGAAGGGUUACCAACUCAAAGGCAUGAAUUGGCUGGCCAACCUAUAUGAGCAGGGCAUCAAUGGAAUCCUGGCAGAUGAAAUGGGUCUGGGUAAAACAGUACAAAGUAUUGCUCUCCUUGCACAUCUGGCUGAGAGAGAGAACAUCUGGGGACCUUUUUUAAUAAUUUCACCUGCUUCUACUCUUAACAACUGGCACCAAGAGUUUGCCAGAUUUGUACCUAAAUUUAAGGUGCUACCUUACUGGGGAAAUCCCCACGAUAGAAAGGUGAUCAGGAAGUUCUGGAGUCAGAAAACAUUGUAUACUCAGGAUGCUCCUUUCCACGUGGUGAUUACCAGUUAUCAGCUAGUAGUGCAGGAUGUGAAGUAUUUCCAGCGAGUGAAGUGGCAAUAUAUGGUGCUGGAUGAAGCACAAGCACUGAAGAGUAGCUCCAGUGUUCGUUGGAAGAUCCUACUACAGUUCCAGUGUCGAAACAGAUUGUUGUUGACUGGGACCCCAAUCCAGAACACAAUGGCUGAGCUGUGGGCUCUGCUGCAUUUUAUCAUGCCAACGCUGUUUGAUUCCCAUGAAGAGUUCAAUGAGUGGUUUUCGAAGGACAUAGAGAGCCAUGCAGAGAACAAAUCUGCCAUUGAUGAGAACCAGCUAUCCCGCUUGCACAUGAUCCUGAAGCCUUUCAUGUUGAGAAGAAUCAAGAAGGACGUGGAAAAUGAGCUGUCAGAUAAGAUUGAAAUUCUUAUGUACUGCCAGCAGACAAGUCGACAGAAGCUGUUGUACCAAGCUCUGAAAAACAAAAUCUCUAUUGAUGACCUCUUGCAGUCCUCAAUGGGGACUACUCAGCAAGCACAGACCACCACUAGUAGUCUCAUGAAUCUAGUUAUGCAGUUCAGGAAGGUGUGCAAUCACCCAGAGCUGUUUGAGCGACAAGAAACUUGGUCUCCAUUUCACAUCUCCCUAAAGCCAUACCAUAUUUCAAAGUUCAUCUACCGUCAUGGACAGAUCAGGGUCUUUAACCACUCACGGGACAGGUGGUUACGGGUUUUACUUUCGCCGUUUGCACCAGACCACAUCCAGCAGUCUCUCUUCCAUAGGAAGG